UGUUGUUGUAGCAGACUUCAAAAUCGCUUUCCACUUUUAUCCCCGUUAAUCUAAUCUGCAAGAGAUUUUAUUGAAUUUAAGGGGAGUUGGGAGGGAAGGAUAUGCACUAGAACGGCAAUCUAAUUAAGCUUGUAGGGCAAAUCAGUGGCGAAUACACUGUAAACGGUCUAAAGACGUGGUGAAUUAUUACAUGGGAACAAAUAAAGACUGACGGAGCGCAGAUUUUCCAGCAGAGAUCAGCGGCGCUGGGAUAUAAACAUGGAUGACGAGCAGCAAUAGCUGUGAAGAAUUAAGCCCGAACUGCUUCUCAUUUGUUUUCUUUUGUGCACGGCGAAUGGUUUUAAAUCUGCGUUUAUGUUAUUGCUUGUGAGACGUGACGUGCCAUUGUCUGAUCAUUUUUGGGGGGAAGUUGUCGGGAUGGCUCCUGGUUCACUAGCCACAAUGGCUCCUACUGGGCCCAACAUCUCCUGGUUACCAGAAGCUCCCCUGCUCACUCCAGAGCAGCCUAUUUUCCUCAUGACAAGCACAGCCCAGGCAGUGUCAGGCUUCUUUGUGUGGACAGCACUUCUACUCACCUGCCACCAGAUCUACAUGCAUUUGCGUUACUACAGCUCUCCCAAGGAGCAGAGGCACAUAGUGCGCAUCCUUUUCAUCGUACCCAUCUACGCCUUUGACUCCUGGCUCAGCCUUCUCUUCUUUACCAACGACCAGUACUAUGUGUACUUCGACACAGUCAGGGAUUGCUAUGAGGCAUUUGUGAUCUAUAACUUCUUGAGCCUGUGUUAUGAAUACCUUGGAGGAGAGAGUGCUAUCAUGGCUGAGAUCAGAGGAAAGCCCAUUGAGUCCAGCUGUAUAUAUGGAACAUGUUGUCUUUGGGGCAAGACCUAUUCCAUUGGCUUCCUUCGAUUUUGCAAACAGGCCACUUUGCAGUUCUGUGUGGUAAAACCCCUGAUGGCCAUGAUUACAGUCAUCCUGCAGGCCUUUGGGAAAUACCGUGAUGGGGACUUCAAUGUCGCUAGUGGUUACCUGUAUGUGACCAUCAUCUACAAUAUCUCUGUCAGUCUGUCUCUCUACGCCCUUUUCUUGUUCUACUUCUCCACCCGGGACCUCCUCAGCCCCUACAGGCCCAUGCUCAAGUUCUUCAUGGUCAAAUCAGUCAUCUUCCUCUCCUUCUGGCAAGGCAUGCUGUUGGCCAUCUUGGAGAAAUGCGGUGCGAUUCCCCAGAUCAGCUCUCCUGAGGUUUCUGUCGGCGAGGGAACCGUUGCAGCUGGAUACCAGAACUUCAUCAUUUGCAUCGAGAUGUUCUUUGCCGCCUUGGCCCUGCGACAUGCGUUUACCUACAAGGUCUACAUGGACAAAAGACUGGAUUCCCUUGGCCCUGUUCCAACAUAUGGACAGUACGGUCGCUGUGCCCCCAUGAAGAGCAUCUCCAGCAGCUUAAAGGAGACCAUGAACCCUGGAGACAUGGUUCAGGAUGCCAUCCACAAUUUCUCCCCAGCUUACCAACAGUACACCCAACAGUCCACCCUGGAGCGGGGGGUCACCGCACCGCCCUUAUCCCGCAAUCACAGCUGCAUGAGCGCCCGGGACAAUGAGAAAACCCUGCUGCUUAGCUCCGAUGAUGAGUUUUAACUCGCUCGCCUGUCGUACAGAGCAAAGGUACUCUGUAAGGGACCGAUUACUGCUACGGUAGUGUAAUGAAGAUGUUAACAUAGGAACAGGUUAUUAAAGGACCAUCUUAAGCAAGUAGUUACAUUCUAGUGCAGUAGAAUCUAAAAUUAAGCUGCUUUUACUUUAAAAGAAUGUCUUUAAAAGAACUCUUGAUGCGCUUUUGUCUGACAUUGAUGUUUAUACAGAGAAUAACAAAAUACAUUCAUUUAUACUCUUAGCCAAAUUUUGAAAACCCAAGUGGUCUGACACCUCAGCGUCUGGAUUGAUGUAUUUUUUUAUGCUUGUAGUUUCAAAUAGGGGGUGUUUGGAAAUCUCAGCAUUUUUGUAUUGGAGGGCCCCCGUUCGGUGGGAAUGUUCCGUUUUUGAUUUCUAAAUUCAAGUGCACCUUUGCUUCUGUUUCAACAGUGUUUAUAGCUUCCCCAGUGAUUUAAAGGGCGGGUACGGCUGUGAAUGAGAGAGUGCAGUGACAAUAGAAAGAGUACCAUCUGUUGUUGUUUUGACGGAUGAAUCAAGGGAAGGGGAGAGGUUGAUGGUCCACGAUAAGAUUACAGAUUAAAGCGGUCUGGAUUAUAAAGCUGUAUUUGGAACAUUACUCGUCUGGUGCAUAUUUGCACAAGCUUUCGUUAAAGUGUGACUGUCCUGGUCCACUGCAGGAAAAAGCAUAUAUCUAGGUUAGCCGAGCGGUUUAAAAAUAGAUUUAGGUUGCGCUUCUUAGUGUAUGCUAGACUUUCACUGAGAAAGAACAGUCAAGUAUCAUCAAUUUUUCCGUUGUCCGAUGGAAAUGCGAAAUGUAUAUAAUACUUGCGAUUCCGAAUACCUUCUUUAGUUUUCUGCUGAAAGUAAAUCAUACAUAAGGGUGAGUAAAUGACAAAACGUUCAGUUUUGGUGAGCUAUUCUUUUAUUAGGCACUGUAUUGUUUCUAGAUAUCCCACUGGAGGGAGAAACAUCUCUCAGUUCGCACCCUUUAUCUUUAUGGGACACGCCUGUUAUCACUGAUCCUUUGAGAGCCACGCCAAAGUCUCUCCCAUUCGUCAGAAGCAUCCACCAUUUGCGCUUUACCUCUUUAGAUAGCACUAGGCCCUCGAUGACCAAGCUUGAAGCUUAGAUAGCAUCUUUGGAGUUACUUAUUAACUGACCUCUGCUUUUAUUGGUACAAUAGAGGCCAGGAGAAACACAAAGCAGAUGGAACCAAGUACGAGUAUGUAUGGUACCUGCUUAUAGUUGUUAUGUUAGUGUUUUUGCAGUGUAUUCUUUGUAAGGGGAGGAUUUCUUUUAAUAAUAUAGACGUUGUUGUAACUUGCACUAAGCCGUUUUGUAUAUUUAGGAAAAAUCUGAAUAUCCUAGAGAAUUUUGGCAAGCUAUUUCCAUACGCUGUUAUUCAGAGAGUGGUUUAAAGUAAAAUAGGAAGUAUAUAUACAUAUAUUUUGUUGAAACAUAUUUUGAAGUUACACUAAGAUGUUCUUUGUACUGUCAUAUUAUUUUAAACAGAGCAUUAUGUAUUACUAUGUCAAAGAUCUUGCUUCUAUUUUUUUUCCCUUGAUGCUCUGGCCUAGGAACAAUAAAG